UCAUAGUGCAACGUGCAACAGAGAUGUCAGAUUAUGAUGAAAAUGAUGUCGACGAAGAGUCGGAAGCAGAAGAGCAGACAGAAUAUGAUCAUGAGGAAAAGACAGAUAAUGAACUGAAUCAGAUUGAGCCCUGUUCACUAACGAAGGACAUGAUAGCACAAGGUCUGUCUUUAUUGUGCCGCACAGGUAAUGGACUUUCUCACGCGUUUGUCAGGCUGGACCUAAAAAACAGGCGUCUGACAGACAUUCUCUUACUGAGCUCCUUUGUACAUCUGCGUUUUCUGGAUAUCUCCUCCAAUCAUUUGACGGACCUCUCUCCACUGGCUGCUUUAACCCAGCUGCUUUGGCUAAAGGGAGAUGCUAAUCAGAUUCAGGGGUUUAAAGGUCAGCAGCUGGGUCAGCUACCUUAUCUGCAAUGGCUCAGUCUAGUAUCCAAUCGCCUGACCGACAUGAAGGGUCUUGAUGGACCUGCGCUGGAAAACCUUAAUCUUAUUGGUAAUGUCAUUCAGACAGUGUCCGGCCUUGAACAUCACAAGUUGACCAACCUGGUUUCUCUUGAGCUAAGAGGAAACAAUUUGGAAACUACAGAUGGUAUUUACCUCCCCAACUUGCGCCGGCUUUAUCUGGCCCAAAACAAGAUAAAUCGACUGGAAGGUCUGGAGAAACUGGAGCGUUUAACCACCCUUCACCUCAGAGACAACCAGUUGGAGACACUUGAUGGAAUCUGCCACAGUAUGAAAUCUCUGCAGUAUCUUAAUUUAAGGGGCAACUUGGUAUCUUCCCAGCAGGCAUUGCAGAGCCUGAUGAGCGUUGCACAGACACUGCGGGUCCUGGUGCUAGCAGAGAAUCCUCUCUCAGAGAAGGAUGAUUACCGGCUUAGUGUUCUCUCACGUCUACCACUUCUUGAUAGACUAGAUAAGGAUUCAGUCUCUUCUGAGGAACGAGCUGAGGCUCAGGAAUUUCGAGAUUCCACAGGACAAGAGGAUUAUUAAAUGUGACCAGAAGAACAAAAGAAAUAGCAUACCUAUGCUCCAUAGUGCACAACCAAAGUUCAAUGUAUAUUUUAGAAACAGUACUCUGUACUUACCUUACAUUUUUGUUUUACUCAUUUGGACAUAUCCAGUGUUUAAUAAUUUGAUUAUAAUGUUUGUUUUCUUACAAUAGUGUCUUUUUGAAAACACUGUUGAAUAUUAAAAAAAUAUUAAACAAACAUUAAACAUUCAUUGCCAACUUCAGUUCCUUAAAUGUAAUGCCCUGUGUGUAAUUUUUUUUUACAUUAUAUGGCCCAAAGCAUGUGGAAAUCUUCCUAAUCAGGUGAGAUCAGGUGUUUGAGCCACACCCAUUGUUCCCCAAUAUAAUGCUUUUUUCAUGAUUGUGCACAAAGUAAGGUCCAUAAAGACAUGGUAUGAUGAAUUUCACUUGGAGUAACUCCAGUGCCCUGCACAUAGCUCAACUUCAACCCCAUUUAACACUUAUGGAGUGAAUUGAAGUGUUGAUUGUGUGCCAGGCCUUUUUGAGUGUGUGUUUGACUAAUAGUUUCUCCAAAAGGCUCUAUGUACAUUAAAAAGUACACAAAG